CAUUUUUGUUGCGACGUUCGCUGUAGUAGGCGAAAAUGUCGCACAGGAAGUUUUCUGCGCCUCGUCAUGGAUCUAUGGGGUUCUACCCAAAAAAGAGAUCUCGCCGUCAUCGUGGUAAAGUGAAGGCGUUCCCUAAGGAUGAUCCUAGCAAACCAGUCCAUUUAACUGCCUUUAUCGGUUACAAAGCUGGUAUGACCCACGUGGUUCGUGAACCUGACCGUCCUGGCUCAAAGAUUAAUAAGAAGGAGAUCGUAGAAGCAGUGACCAUCAUUGAAACACCACCUAUGGUGGCUGUCGGUGUAGUGGGCUACAUUGAAACCCCUCAUGGACUCCGUGCCCUGCUUACUGUUUGGGCUGAGCACAUGUCUGAGGAUUGCCGUCGCCGAUUCUACAAGAACUGGUACAAGUGCAAGAAGAAGGCAUUUACAAAGGCUAGUAAGAAGUGGCAAGAUGAGCUAGGCCGCAAAUCUAUUGAAAAAGAUUUCAAGAAAAUGAUCCGGUACUGCAGUGUUGUUAGGAUCAUUGCCCAUACUCAGAUGAAGUUGCUUAAGCAACGUCAAAAGAAGGCCCAUAUCAUGGAGAUUCAAAUUAAUGGUGGUUCUAUUGAAGACAAGGUCAAAUGGGCCCGUGAACACCUUGAAAAGCCAAUACCCAUAGAUUCUGUUUUUGCCCAAGAUGAGAUGAUUGACUGCAUUGGUGUUACUAAGGGCAAGGGUUAUAAAGGUGUAACUUCACGUUGGCACACUAAGAAACUGCCACGUAAGACACACAAGGGUCUCCGUAAGGUUGCUUGUAUUGGAGCAUGGCAUCCUUCUCGAGUUAGCUUCACUGUUGCUCGUGCUGGUCAAAAGGGGUAUCACCAUAGAACUGAAAUGAACAAAAAAAUCUACCGCAUUGGACAAGGAAUUCACACCAAAGAUGGUAAAGUCAUCAAGAACAAUGCUUCUACUGAAUAUGACUUGUCUGAGAAAUCCAUCACUCCUAUGGGUGGUUUCCCUCAUUAUGGUGAAGUCAAUAAUGACUUUGUCAUGAUCAAGGGUUGCUGCAUGGGACCUAAGAAGCGAGUUAUCACCUUGAGAAAAUCUUUAAGAGUACACACAAAGAGAGCAGCCCUUGAGAAGAUCAACUUGAAAUUCAUUGACACGUCAUCCAAGUUUGGUCAUGGUCGCUUCCAAACGCCGGCUGAUAAGGCUGCCUUUAUGGGUACGCUCAAGAAAGACAGAAUACGUGAAGAGGCGGCUGCUACCACGCCAGCUGCUGCUCCACAGCCUUAAACAUUUUAAAAAUAAAGUGUUUAAACGUAAAAUGAUGUUGCAUUAUUAUUUAAUUACUGUAAUAUUUCUCAAAUUAUGGUUUGGUUCGAUUCUUAUAAGUUCAUUACAAUCUAUUGAACAAUUUACUUUUACAAUGAAAUUUUGUCAUUCUAUAAUGUCAUAAGGGAUAAACUAAUGCCAUGUAAAGCUUUGCAAUACUGUUUUUCUAUCAUGGAUCCCAAGCAAUAAAGAGAAAUUAUUAAUUUCCUUUCCU